AUGCAUCUUAUUUUUCAAUGUUCUUAUGCUAAAGAGGUUUGGUAUGCCAUUGGGCAAUAUUUUCAUAUUAACUGGUGUGAUUCUAAUGAGAUUGUCGACUUUCUCCAUAUUUGGAGAACUGCUGAUAUUGGGGAUUCUAAAUUGGCUUUGUUCCCUAUGUUGGUGAUUUGGUUUAUAUGGGUGGCCAUAAAUGAUCAUAAAUAUCAAAUUUUGGAUACGGUUCCUUCUACUUCGAUUUCUCACAUUCUUGCUUACUUCACCAUGGCUUGCCGUACUUUUGGCUUUAGUGGUAAUUCGGCCAAUCCUCGGGUGGGUAGGAUGGCCACUCUCACUAAGUGGCAACCACCUCCCAUUGGUUGGAUUAAAGUUAAUUUUGAUGGUAGCUGGGUCUCCUCGGCGGCAGGGGCUGGUGGUGUUUUUCGUGACCACCUUGGGAAGUGCCUCUGUUUCUUUAAUUCUCCGAUUGUGGCAUCCUCUCCUUUGGAAGCUGAGUACUGGGGUUUUCUGCUAUCUUUUCGGGUUUCCAUUUCUUGUAAAUUUUCGCAAUUAUUGCUUGAGACAGAUUCUCUCACUAUUUACAAGGAUUUUGGUUUGACAAAUAUGUCCAAGUGGAAUGUUUUGGGGAUUUGGAAUAGAAUCAAAACACUUAGUGAAAAAUAUAAUUUGUCUAUUGUUUUGAGUCAUGUUUUUCAGGAAGGAAAUUCUCCCGCGGAUUGGUUGGCCAAGCCGGGUAAAGUUCUGGGUAACCUUAUUGUCGAUGUUUCACCACCGCACCACUUAAAGAGGCUUUUACACAGUGACUCUUUGGAUUUUCCUUUCGUCAGGAGAUAA